CCUCCAAUAAUAACGGGUCAACAAAUCACCAGGAAAUCUGUGUCUUGAAAAUAACAUAAUGUUGACUAAUUAUUUCGAUUUUAUGCUUUACGGAAGCUGAGAAAGGCCAUUAUUAUCGACGUAAUUGAUCGAACAUCUCGGUAAAAGGUUUGCAUCGAUCUUUCACAGUAUGGCCGCAUGAUAAUAUGGGUGGGGUAAUGCCACAGAUGCGAUUACGUAAGAGUCACCGCGGAAUCAGAGUGUUGAAAAUCAAGUGGGAAAAGUGAUUUUCGUGUUGAUGUAGAGAUGGUGCACGCGGAGAUGCGCACAUAGGCUUAAAUCAAAAUUUCAUCCCCACUGAGUUCAUUCCGUUGAACUGGAGAAGUGAAGUUUUGCGUCCAUUCCUGGAAGACUUGAACUGACUGAGGUGGACGGAAUGGUGCUAGUGCUACGGGCUGACGGGCUACUGAAGUUCCUUUUGAUGGCGACGUCAGUCGGUCUGGCACGGUGUGUCAGCUUCGGCACAUCGGCAUCCAAUCUCGUUGGCUACCUGGGCGGUGGUGCGGCUAGGAACGAGGGCUGGCUCCAGCUCUACGUAGACAACCAAUGGGUUACCGUCUGCAACCGCAACUGGACCUACGACUCAGCGGAUUACACCUGCCGUAGGCUAGGCUUCGACGGUGUCCGACCGGACGGCUGGGGUGUGCACCUGGGCGAGGGUACCGGCCCUUCGUGGUGUCUCGACGGCGGCGAUCAGGGAGACUGGGAAUUGGUGCCGUGUCCUGUUGACGGCGAUGACGUGUGCACACAUAGUGAUGACGUCGGCCUGAGUUGCGUAUGGGAUCCUGAACCUGACGACUUCCUGAAUCGCCUAGGCUACAUGUUUCGCCUCACAGGCCCCGCAGUGGGCCAGGGCGAGGGCCGCGUGGAGGUAUUCUACGGCAGCGAGUGGGGCACCGUCUGCAGCCGGGGCUGGACCCAGUACUUCGCCGAUGCCGUCUGCAAGCAUCUCGGCUACCGAGAAGGCGUGCAGGACGACGGCUGGAUGCUGCCCGCCCAGGAACAAGGCAGCGGGCCCGUGGUGUGCGCCGAGAUUUUCUCGCUAGGGCUGUGCCCGGCCGCUGGCGGUGUGGAGGCGGCUGGGGAGGCGUGUACUCACUCGCACGAUGUGGGAGUGAGAUGCCGGCAGGAAGGAGACGAGGAAGAUGGUAUCAAUUCGGGAAGAGACAUGGAAUUGGUUCGGUUGGGGAUAGUAGCGGCCAGCUCCGUCUUGGUCGCUGGCGGCCUGUUCCUGCCUCUCCUCGCCUGCUACCUGAUGGUGAAAUCACCCGCCAGGAGGCUCAGCGAGGACCUGGAGAACCUCAUCCAAGCCAAGGAGGAGGAAACGCCUCCAGAGGGGGACGGGCUGGAAGAAGUAGGCGUGGCCACCGAAGGAGAGGUGAACGAGGGCUACACAGAGGAGGAUGAGAGAGCUGGUGAUGGGAGUCUCAGGGAAGAGGUCAAAGGUCAGGCAUCGGAUGCCGACAAGCACGAGGAGGAGAUUAACAGUACCACUGGCGAGGCAGAGGAGGCGAGUGGUGAUCCUGGCUUUGACGAAAGCACAAGCGGCUGCAAGGAGACUAGUGCGGCAGUAACCGUUAACGAUGUAGAUGAUAUCGAGACUAUAGGUGACAACGAUACGAUGGAACCACAUGAAUCAGCCGAGAUGACCCAAAACGCCGUCAACCAACAAGACAAGGAAGGCAUCAGCCAAGCAGAGGAAUCUCCUACCCUUCCAGCGGAGGAGAGACCACAAGACUCACACGACUACGAGGUUUUGAACGAGGCCAGCACUCCAGAGAAUUACGAGUUUUCCAUGCACGGCGAGCAUGCACUCGACUCCGUAUAUUUCUGAACACUGCAGCAAGUUGAAGAUUUUGUUGUUGUUAAGCUGAGAUACGGCGUAUCAAAAAAGCGGCUCGAAUGUAUCGCAACGGAUGCAAAUUGCAUUGAAGAUAUCUGGGACUGCAUGUCGAUUUUUAGCGACACCAGAUGUAGCAUGUAGCUAGAUUACACGUGUCCUCUUCUGAUUUUUCAUUUUGCUUGUGAUGUAUUCGCUAAGUGAUCACUGUUCACAACUUUGUCAUUGUGGUAUUAGCAUAGAAACAUUUUAUUCUCAAGUUUUUGCUAUUGGACUGAAUGCGUGCCUUUCAUCUUAGAUUAUUUCAAGUGAAUUUAACGUUGGACCUGACGAGUACAAAAUAAUAUAUGGAAUUUAACGAUAUUUCCGGGGUCUAUACUUAUUUCCAAAAUUGAUUGAUGUCAUAAAACAAGUGUAACUGUUUUAUUAAAACUAAAAUGCGGAAUUAAAGGUUAUAAAUGGUCCGUAUUUCUUAAAUUGAUGUUUACUAUAUGUAAAAUACUGGUAACUCAUAGAUGACAAUAGAAUACUGAAUGUGGUUAGAGUAUUUAAAUAAAGGUUGAAUAAUGUGUCACCUCAAACAUUCCGUGUAAGACAAUAAUAUACAAAAAUGUAUAGUUUAAUUCUUUCUUAGAAAGGGGAAAUGUCUUAAUGUUUGUCAAACAAUAUUAGAAAUAGUGAUGAAUUAUGAGAGUCCGAUGAGCUCAUUUCGGAUACUAUUUUAUGAUGUGUAUAUCUGUUGCGAUUAUAAUCACAAUAAAUUAAUACAGGACUAUAUCAUACAAUGAGUACAAAUUA